AUGUCCGCUGCUAUCUUUCUCCCUGGUAUAUUUAUGGGCUUUCCUGCUGCUUGGAUAUGUGGUCACUGGGGCCGCAAGUUGGCAGUCCUGAUUGGGGCGUCUCUCAUGGUUGUUGGGGGUAUUUGGAACGCAUUGUCGCCCAACACUGCGAACUUUAUUGGGUCUCGGGUCGUGCUGGGAGCUGGUGGUGCAGUUACCAAGGUCUCCGCGCCAGCCCUUCUGCAAGAGAUCGCUCACCCAAGACUGCGCUCUUCUAUGGGCAACAUGUACUACGGCUUCUACUAUGUUGGCUCUUUACUCAGCGCCAUCAUGUGCAUCAUUGGCCUCUAUGUUGACAGUGAAUGGAGCUGGCGUAUGCCUUGCAUGGUGAUGGUCGUGGGGCCCAUAGCGGUCAUUGCAAUCUUGUUGACUGCCCCUGAAUCGCCUCGCUUCCUCGUUAAGGUCAACAAAGCCGAUCAAGCUCUCGAUGUGCUUGCCAAGUACCAUGCCAAUGGUGAAACAGAAGACGCGUUAGUGAGAUGGGAGUUUGGAGAGAUCCAAGCAGCAUUGGAGCACGAAAGUGCCGACAGGAAAACUUCUUAUUUGGACUUCUUCCGAACUAAGGGUAAUCGAAAGCGUCUUAUGGUGUCCCUGGCAAUAGCUGUGGGUGUGAAUUGGGUGGGCAAUGGCGUUGUGUCCUAUUACCUUUCGCCUGUUCUCAGAUCCGUGGGUAUCAAGGAUCCAGUGACGCUUCUGGGCAUCAACGCUGGAAUUGCCGCUUUCAAUCUUAUUGUCGCCGAGACAGCUGGCUUGAACAUCGAUCGAUUCGGCAGACGCCCACUUUUCCUCAUCUCAACUAUCGGCAUGACAAUUUCAUACGCUUUCGUGUUGGGAUUCUCAGCUGGCUUUGCGAAUACCCAGAUUACAGAUCUAGGCAUUGCCGUCGUGCCGUUCCUUUUCCUCUUCUAUGGAUUUUAUGACAUAGCAUGGACGCCUUUGAACUACUCAUACUGCGUUGAGAUCAUGCCGUAUAACUUGCGUGCCAAAGGCCUGGCGAUUUAUCUGUGUGUGCAGCAAAUCGCAAACGCAUUCAAUCAGUUUGUUAACCCAGUCGCUCUUUCUGCCAUCGCCUGGAGGUACUAUGCUGUUUACAUAGCGGUCGAUUGCAUGUACGUCAUUUUCAUCUAUCUCUAUUUUCCGGAGACAAAACAACUUUCGAUCGAAGAAGUUUCUAUGCUGUUUGAUUACGAUGGCAAAGAAGGACGUCAGCUUGCUGCGGCAGCAUUGGAUGCUCGCAUGAAUGGGGACCAGUGGUCAGACCAAGCAAAGGAAGGAGAACCAAGUUCGCCUCAGCACGUGGAGAAUUGA